AUGGCGGUCAUAGGAAUCAACACCCCUGGCUUGAGCCUGGGCAGCCUGUUCGCGAUAGCUUCGCUCUCGGUCGUCGGCUACCUCCUGAGCCAUGUCUGCUAUAACGUCUUCUUCCACCCGCUGCGCAAGUUCCCCGGCCCGUUCUGGAUGGGCGCCUCGCGCAUCAGCUACUGCUACCGCCUCGUGACGGGCCGGCUGCCCUUCGACAUCCUUGAGCUGCAUCGCCAGUACGGCGAAGUGGUCAGGAUCGCGCCCAACGAGCUCGCUUUCGCCAAUGCGCAGGCGUGGAAGGACAUCAUGGGCCAUCGCGGGCCGGGGGAGCCUGAGAUGAAGAAGGCGCCACAGAUGUAUAACGUCCUUAAAGACCAGCCGCUGACCAUUGUGAAUGCUCCUCGGGAUGAACAUGGACGGCUCCGUCGGCAGCUGGCUCACGGGUUUAGCGAUCGGAGUAUGAGAGAGCAGCAGCCGAUAAUCAUCGACUAUGUGAACCUUCUCAUCCGACAACUGCAUGAGAGGUGUGGAGGUGGCCAGCGACCCAUUGACGCUGUAGCUUGGUACAACUACACGACCUUCGAUGUCAUUGGCGACCUGGCUUUUGGCGAGCCCUUCGGAAGCCUCCAGUCGGGAGAGUAUCAUCCUUGGAUUGCCAUGAUCUUCCAGAGCAUCAAACUCGGAACACUAUUCCACCUGAAGCUCACAAAUGAGAAGCUGUUGAAGCGCAUGGACCUAGGAUCCGAGCGAAAUGACUUGAUUGAGGGCUUGCUGAGGAAGAAGGACGAGCUGAACCUCGACUUGGGAAAGUUGAGAAUGAACGCAAGCCUGCUGAUUAUCGCAGGGUCCGAGACGACGGCGACCUUGCUCUCAGGGGCGACGUACCUCCUCACAACCAACCCAGAAGCCCUGCGCAGACUCACUGAGGAGGUGCGGGCGACGUUCCAGACUGAGGAAGAGAUCGACUUCACUUCCGUCAGCAACCUGCAGUAUAUGCUCGCGUGCUUGGACGAGGCUCUUCGCAUGUACCCACCAGCGCCACUCGGCCUUCCUCGUCAGACACCGAAAGGAGGUGCAACUAUCGCUGGCCACCAUGUGCCAGAAGACACGGUGGUGUCACAAUACCAUUACGCCUUGUACCACAACGAGAAAUUCUUCACCAAACCAGAAGAAUAUCACCCAGAGAGGUGGCUCGGCGAUCCAGAAUUCGCAACAGACAACCGAGACGUCUUCCAGCCCUUUCAUAUAGGCCCGAGAAAUUGCAUAGGAAAGAAUCUCGCCUACAUCGAGAUGCGCAUCAUCCUCGCACGUGUUCUGUGGAAUUUUGAUCUGAAGCUAGCCGACGAAAGCAAAGACUGGCUGAGCCGACAGAAGAUCUACCUGCUCUGGGAGAAAUCUCCGCUUUACGUGUACUUGACGCCGAGGGCGCAUACCAAGGCGUGA